GCUGAGAACCAGUGCAUCCAGACGGAUAUCUCGUAGACGAAGAAUCUCAUCAGGUUUAAGUACAAUACUAUACUUCAUUAGUUUUGAUUACAAAAAUUGCAGUUAAAUCACCUACUGAAGCUAAUUCGAAGUCAGCCGAUUCCAAUAUCUAGUUUGAGAUUUCACAUAGGCCUAAUAGAACGUCCGGACUACUGUGAGAUGGCUAACAGUGCCCUGACGUCGGUAAUAUGUCUGGUAUUGGUACAGUUUAUAUUACUGUCUCUUGUCACACCACUUGACGCAGCGAGGCGAGUAAAACACCCUCCUAACAUGAGUAGAUGGGGAAAGCGCUUAUACACAUUACCUGCAGACUCCCAUGAAGAAAUAAUUGGCACAAAUGGACAAUCGUUAACUACUACAUCUAACCCUCUCUUCAAUGAAGCAUCUAGUUUGAAGACGCCUGAAGAAUGUGGAGGACCAUUUCUAAAGAAGUUGAGAUGUAUUAUAAGAUCAAGACACGCGCAAGGCAUGACGUCACAACAUCAAUCGAUCGAAGUGUCCAAUCAAGAUAGUGUGAAUGCGUUACUAGUUCUCUUCUGAAAUUGAAUUAUUCAAAGAACUGAUCGGUUAAAUGCUGGAAUAUGACACUUUCUUUAAACCAAAUUUACGCUUAAAUUCAUUUAAUUGAUUAGAUAAUUAUGCGGUCAUCUUGUAAAAUUGCUUUUUAAAGAAUAACAAAUCUGUAUAUAAAAAUCUAUAAAUAUGUAUAUUUUUUGUUUUAUGUAUUUGCAAUCGUAUCAUUGUAACAUGCUAUUGUAGUUAAGCCAAUGAAUCAUCGUAAUAUACUGUAUUAGAGACAUCAUGAACCUAUUCCAACAACUUUAGCCAUCUCUCAUUUAGUUUGCCAAACCAAAAUUAGCCUUAUUGGUGGAAUUAAGAAGAAAUUAUCAUCAUCAUAAUUUUUGUAACAAUAAAUUUGAAUUUUUUAACACAAAAGGCGACACUAUGGGGCUUUUCCAAAAUAGGAGUAAAAUGUAACAAAAUUAUUAAUGUAAAAAAAUAGAAUUUCUUCUCAUGAACUGAGAGUAGCUUUUGGUUUACUAAAUUUAACAAAUGACGUCACUUUUAUUGUAUGAUGAUGUAACUUUUAAAUCUUGUCGAGUAAUUUAAUGUUCUGUUUAUAUUUUAUUAUGUAUUACAGACAAUAAAGUUGCUUAAAUCUUGAGUCUCAGUAUUAAAAUUCUAAUAAACCAGUUAAAAUAAAUAUGAAUAUAUUUUACUUCUUUAAAAGGUGCAUUACUGUACGUGGUAAUAAACUGCAUUGUAAAUUCAAUUAAUUUAAAACUAGAGUGCUUAAACUAAUUGAUGCGAAUUACGCAUGAUUCCUCAUUAUUGAUCUGACAAGUAUUUAUGUAACAGUAGUCUGGGUAAUGAUAUCGUAGUUUUCUCUUUUCAAUGUCAAAAGUAGGUCCAUCUCUGCCUCUUGAUUAGACCUAUGAUGCAAAGUGGAGCAGAAUAUUGCGUUAAGACUCAUUUGUCAGACUUCGUAAGAAGAGAUAUUCAAAUUUGGUGUGUGAAGGAUUUGUACCCAAGACUGUGGAAUGCGAUUCGAGCGACCAGCUGCAGCUACAGCCACAAAAGAAACCAGUAGGCCUAUAGGCCCAAUGUAAACAGAUACACACGGAGUGUUCUACUAUCAUGUAUAGAUACGGUUUGUCGUGCAUGUUUGAGUCCUAAGUAAUAACGAGUAUGCAUGUAAUAUAUAAUGUAACGCGUGAAGAGAUAAACUCUAAAUCGUCUUGUGGUAAUGCUUUAUACAUGAGACAGCAGAAGGUCCCAGGUUCAAAUCCUCGCAGAUUCCUCUUCUAUAUAUACUAUCAAUUAGGCUCAAAUACUAUUUCUGCACUAAGGACAGCUUUAUUUCGACUCUCUAUGAUAUACGUUUAUGUCUCAACAUCUUGCGAAGUCCGUCGCUGGAAGGUUACGAUGACAGAUGUUGCAGGGAAAUCCAAAAGUUCGCCUUUCUUAUCUACUAAUGUGAAACGCUCCGUCCCAUGUGUUCACUCGUUGACUGAUAAAAAAAAAGUGUUAGCAAUGCGAAUCAUAGAUGGUAAUACCACCGUCCAUGAAUAUAGUUACUGUAUAUUAUUAUUAUUAUUAUUAUUAUUAUUAUUAUUAUUAUUAUUAUUAUUAUUAUUAUUAUUAUUAUUAUUAUUAUUAUUAAUAUUAUUAUUAAUAUUAGGUCUAUUAUUAUUACUAUUAUCAAUAUUAUUAAUAUUAUCUUUAUUAUUGUCAUCAUUUUCUUUAAAAAAUGGUAUGACUUACUUAAUUUGAUGUACUAAUACGUUUAAGAUUACCAUAAUAAGAUGUUUGUAUAUAAUAAAGUUAUAAUACGAUUAUAUUAUGUAUUUUUAUGAUAUGAUUUAUUAUAUACAGUAAUUUUAUUAUACCUUUAAACAGUUAGUAAAUGAUCUAUACUGUAUAUGAGCUAAAAUAAUGUAUUGAAAAGUUAUAUCAACACAGCUGGUUACUAGGUUAACGGUCUCUCUAUAGUUACUACUAGUUUAGUCGGCUAAUGCUUACUAGUUUAACCUUACCAGUUUAAUGAUCUACAGUAAAUUCAGCAAUUUUGCUACUGGGUCGUGAAAAUUAAUUUGUUGAAACGAUGAUACUCUGUUUAAAAGUUUCACUCUAUUAGCUAAAUGUAUAUUUUGGACAAAGAAACAAUAAACUUCGGCACAUGAAAGAGUC